AUGGCGGCAUCCAUGGAACAUUUAACAGCACAACUCCAAAACAAGUGUAAUGAUGGAAAUAUUCCUCUUCAUGAAAGAUUGGAUGUUGCUCAGAAAGCAUUUUGUUCAUCAACGUUACCCAUUAUCCAAAAAGAAGAACAAGUGCUCUCAUGGAUUCUUGAAGUUUUGCAAGAUGAAAAUCUUGAAACUGUGGAGAGGAAGAUUUGUUAUGAGUCCUUACUUUACUGCUUCAAGAGUAACAGGAUGAAAACUUUUAAUGGAAAUAUUAGAUCAAGCUUAAUAACAAAAAUACAACAGGUUCUUAAAUAUAACAAAAAAUACCCUGAAGAUCUGAAGAGUGUGAUUAGAAAAUGUUGUGUUGAAGUAGUCAAUACCCCUUUUUUUCAGAGACUGUUUAUGUGUGAUGUGUAUAGCAUCUGCAAAAUAACAGGUUAUUAUCUAUUGUCAAUAACCAGUGAGGAAACCACCGAAGACUUCAACAACAUGAUUGAUCAAUAUCUUUACAUAAAUAAAAUGUGCUUACUAAAAGGAGAAUUUCGCAUUUGUUUUAUUAAAGAAGUUUUGAUACCAUUAUGUUUAGCUCUAGUGCAUUCACCCAAAGACAAAAUGGCAUCUUUUGAACAAAAAGCCACAUCUCUUCUUAGAGAGGUAUUGUUCUAUGAGCCGAAAUUCAUUGAAAAUUUUAUUGACAUCAACACCACAAAGUCUAUCGAGCCAACUAAAGAACUGAAGUCUUUUAACAAAAAAAUCAAGCAUAUGCCUACGAAGCACGAUCCUUCAGUUGUGGAAAUCUGUUAUUCCUUAUUUUUAAAUUCUGUCACUUCCAAGUACCCAGAAAAGUUUACUUUGAUAUUCAAGAUUUUUACUCUGCUUACACCUCCUUUGGGAAUCAUAGUUAACCAAGUACGAUCUAUCGAAAUGAAUCCAGUCAACAAUUGGCAUAUUGACAACAGUUUUAUUGUUGUUAAAAAAUUAGUAGAUAUUCUUGAUAACAGUAAAGUUCCACUUAACUGUCAGCUUGAAGAUGUCACCUUACAAAAUUGGUUCACCGGUUUAGUAAUAGGUUUGUGUAACAUUAACAAUAAAACUUUUAGUGCUAACUUCUUCGAGAUGAUCAUCAGAGUGUUAGAAUUUAAUCCGUUAGUUAUCGAGCCGUCCAGCAAAGCGUUAACAAUGGUGAUGUUGCAGAUAAAAUCUUACGAGAUUAAGAAUUCUUACAUCAAGCUUUUUAGAACUGUUUUUAGUGGCUCUUCCAAACUUCAGAGACUUCAGAAAUUCAUUUCAUUUUUCUUACAACACAUGAGGGAAUGUCUUAUGGUGUCAUGUGAGGAUGAUCUCACCCUUGAAGACGUCUUACCACAAGAAGUUGCCGAUGAAUUUAGUCAAGCAGUGAUUAGAUUACCGAAUUCUCAGGUGUUGUCUGUAAUGAAGUCAUUUUUGUUUCACUUACAAAGAGACUGUCUCCCGUUAGUGGAAGCAUUUGAUACUGACACAUCUGUGUGCAUAAAUAUGGAAGUGAUUUGUGAGAUGACUUAUCAGUUGAUUCAAGGUACUAACAUUGCUGAUCAUAGUGUCCCAGAGAUCGUUAAGCAAAAGUUCAAACAUAUUUUAGAAGAGAUGCAAGUGUUACUGCGACAAUUUGGAAUUAUAUUUCAAGAUAUUCAUGAAGAUCGUUUGCUUCGCCCUUACUUACUAAUCUGUAGAGCAUUUGGUGCUAUGAAGCUGUUAUUCAGAGAAUAUGAUAAUAUUCAAAUAGUUGCUCCUACAGAAGUAGAUCUUCGUCCAACUAACCUCUGCUAUGUUCACAAUUAUCUCUUUCCAGACAAUUGGGAAAAAAUCGCUCAUAGGCUAGAAAAGCAUAUAGGCUGCAAAGCAAGACACGAAUUUUUUGAACUGCUGGUCCAGAAGAUACAAGCCGUUGCCCAAGUUGAGGAAGGCUACGAGGGGCCUGGGACCCAGGUCGCAAGAUACCUCCUCAGAAUGGCGGACCUCCCAUGGCUCUGGGACCAUCUUACCGUACUCGCCCCACUUUUCCAAUCAGCUGAGUUAGCCUACCUGGUGGAAAAAAUUGUGGACUUUCUUGGCGAUGACCAAUCAUGCUGGUUUCUUCUUCUAAAGGAUGAAGCUUUUUCAGAAAAUAGGCGACUGGUGCUUGCUGUUGGUUUCCAUUUGAUGGAAAAGGCCGGCGAGGACCUAUUUGAAGGCGAAGAGGAAUCUGUAAGCAAUCAGGUGCUGUCGCUUAUCGAUCACGGCUCUAUGUUAGAGUAUGAGCUGUCGCAAAUGAUCACCGAUGAUGUCGAUCUUAAAGAAGGAAUUGAGCAAGCGCUUGAUGAGAUGGCUAAUAUUUUGAAUGAAAAUCUCUUGUAUGAUCCAGGAAGUAUAGACCAUAUUCCCCAUUUGAGCCUAUUCGAAGUACCCGCAAGACUUCCUCUUCACCACUUCUCAACAUUAAACCAAUGCUGUGCUCUUUUAUCGGCCACGUCCCUACUUUUCCAGCUACCUCUCGAUAGCGAAGCUGACAUGUACCUGUUCAACUUGCUACUUAAAAUAAUGGAUGGCCCGAAAAGAAAUGACAAAGACCUCCUAGGUAAACUGAAUCCAGGAAAGCUUUUAAAGUUCAUUGCCAAAAGAGGUAUAAACUACCGUGGCCAGAAAAAACUUAUGAAAAGGAUGUGCUUGAACACCUUCCAUACCAAAGCUGCAUCCAAGAAGUUAUUCAAGCAGGUGUGCUCACCAGAUCCUGAAAAUCUCUGGGUUACUGCUCUUGUUGUCGACUCUCUGACCCAGUUUAAAAAUAGAUAUUUGGGCUCUGUUGAGGACUGCAAAAAACCACUAGAAAGGAAGAACUGCCUGGAACAUCUUAUUUCAUCAAUGGUACCUCUUCUUUGCUCCGAAAUCCCUUCUCCAAACCAUCUUUACAGUUAUUCAAUCGCAUUUAGAUACACCAUCCAACACACUGCUGUAGCCAGUGACUACCUCCAACAACUCUUGCCCAGUCUCAAAGAGUACGUAGAAUUUGCGAUGACCAAUUACAAAACAGGGUCACUGUUGAUCGAGUCCAUGAUCCAGCACAGAGAUGAAAUUGAUGAUGAGGAUUUCCCGACAUCAUUAAUGUCUCGUACCUGGCAGCUGAUGAGAUCAGAACUGAUGGAACCUCAAGAAUCCGUAUCGCACCUCAUCUUUGAGGCAUCUACCUAUGAGGAAUUUUUUGAUAUUGUUCCUGCUCUUCUCUCGGAUACGGAGAAUGAGAUGCUGAAGACUGAGUGGGACUUCAGGAUGGCUAACCUCCUUACUCUUUGGUGCCACUUGUCCAGCAGCCUAAUCAGCAGUAAUAAAUCAACUUGUCGAGAUGAAGCUCUCAUCAGUUUAGUUACCAAGCUACCAACAUUGGCUACCAGGUGGCAUUCUGGUCGAGAUUACAACAUUAUACCAAUAGUCAUAGAGCUCAUCAGUACCAUAGCCAAGAAUACAUCGAUAUCUUUAAGAGCGAUUGCCCUCGACAGUUAUCUUAUAUUGCUGCAAGCUAUUCCUUUACCUAUUGAAUGCAAAGAAACUUUAGUUACGCAUUUGAAUCACUGUUUAGAUGCCAUGUUUGCCCUCUAUUUGUUCAGGACAGCAUUGCUUGUUGAUCGGCUGCCAGCAUUUAUGCAACGCUUUAGGCAGUAUUUGGUUGCUUUGGCAUUUGUGUGUGACCCUUCCAUCACACAGGACUUCAUCAAAUUAGCGACCCCAGUGGCCGAUAAAAUGGAAAGGGCUGCUACAACAAUGGUUAAGAGGCAGAAGGAUUUCGCUCGACUAUCACCAUAUAUCAUUGCAGAUAUGAUGAACAUCUUUCAGCGUUAUAAUAUUUGUUCUGAAAUUAAGUUCUCUUACACAAAUAUUAUCAACGCUUUCUUAUCAAUAUGUGAUAAGCAUGGAAUUUCCUACUUGAAAGGUGCACUACCCAUUGGUCAACAAGAACUUUUCAAUAACAUCUAUGAAAACUACAAUAAAUACAAUAGAUUUGUGGGAAAAAUUUAAUGUAUUUUUUUUAUUUGCUUUUAUUUAUGAUUUGUACAUUCCUGUUUUAAAUAUUUUUAAAUGAUGUUCCAUACUGUUAUUCUUUAUGUUGUUAUUGUGUACAGCUUUGAUACCUACUUACUCUUGCUUAGUAGUGUAAAUAUGUAAGAUAUUGUAAUUACAUUUUUUUCAAUUGUUAUUUCAUUUACUGUAUUCAUUCAAUAAUACCUACCUUGAUUUUGUUUUAAUACAUGUAUAAAAUGUUUAUACUUCAAGUAUGUGCCUCUAAAAUAUAAUGUGGCCAUAAUUACCUAUUUGGUAUUAUAAUA